AUGUCUCCACGCACUCGCUCCACCGCUAAGAAGCUCACCGCUCAGCCGAGCACGAAGGCAUCGGGAUCUCGAGCUCGAAAGAGCAACAAGUCAGCCAAGCAGCAAGAAUCCAGCAAGGUGUCGGGUGGCGAGGCGCCUCUGUCUGCCAAGGAGCAGAAGCAACUCCAGGCGCUGCUCAAGAGACAGUCCGUUCAGAAGCAGGACAAGGAAGAGGAACGUCAGGCUGGGGUGCGCAAGAGGGCGGCGACUAUGACUCGCGAGGAAGUUCAAGGAUCAGACGCUGAAGGUGAGGAGCCGUCCCGUAAGAAAGCAAGACGCACUACGGAUUCCGAUGGCGAGGGCGGUGGCGAUGGUGGCGAUGCGGGUUCCGAUGGCGAGGGUGGGGGCGAUGAAGGAAGCGAGCCAGAAGGCGGUAGCGAGCGGGACAUACGAAUGGAGAGCCCUUCUCCCCCUGCUCGGCCUUACGGGCGGUACAAGAAGGCCGAGCAGGACUCAGGGAAGGGAAACACGUCGUUGACUGAGGCGGAGCAGCGUAUUGCACAGACUCUCGGCGCGAAGGGCAAGGCUAAAGAGAAGCCUCCGUCCAAGAAGUCGGUGGUAGUUGAGAGCCCGCGGUCGGAGGAUCAUGAAGAGGAACAUGCGUCCGUUCGCUCGGGAUCGGAAGACGAGGAUAGGACGAGGCGAGGGGAGACGGAUAAGCAGAGCGAGAAGAGGAAGGAUGUGCGCGGCGGGAAGAAGGCCUACGUGGAGAUCAGCGUAGACAAGACCCGUCCACAGAGUAAGAAGGCAGCGAAGAGCAAGGUGGUCGUCUCCAGUUCUGAUGAAGAGCAAGACGACGACAAGGUCGAUGAGCUCCAAUCUUCUGACAAUGAGAGUAGCUUGGGGUUCCGGGUGAAGGGCGCGAGCGGGGACGACUCGUCCGACUCAAAUCAUGCGUCCGACUCAGACGACGUCAUUGAGAUCGCUCAGAAGGGAGUGAAGAAGAAGCCCAGAGGCAAGGGCUCAGUAGCAGCCCGUGUGCGCGUCAAGGCCUCCAAUCUGCCCAUCAACGUCCGUCCGAUCGUCGGUGCUGCACAGAACUUCCUCCGCCUUCGUCUGGCACUCAAGACCGCAUGGACCGGCUACAAAGCCUUGGCCAGUUCCCGACUGCCGGACAACAUGCAGCUCGUCGCCGAUGCCCUGAAGGAUGCUCGUGACAUGCGCGACAAGGACGGUAAAAGGGUGAAGAGUAUGCGGAUUGCAUACGACGACUUGCAGAACGACCAGGGAACGGAGGGAGACACGAAGAGGAGCAACGUCCACACAGUGGUCUGGAACGUGGCAGCUCAGUUCCGGAACGAGGUAAAGAGGAAAGGCAAGAGCGUGGUCGAACACUCGUAUGGGUUGAGCAACCUGACGGUCCAGCAACGUGUAUUGCUCGCCCAGUGGCUCCUCAAAACUCACCCGAUGAAGGUCAAGGGCGGCAAGCGCGAGAUCCCGAACUUUGUGUUCGGUGACAUGAAGAUCGUCUGGAACGCCAAGGAUAAGCUGGACAAGGAGAAAUGCUCUGUCAAGUCAGAGCUUCUGUUCAGGCAUCCCGCAAUCUCGGAGAUCAUCGUGCAGCAGUGGUUCCAGGGUCAUGGCGCGAACAUACCCGUUGACCGCUUCAGCAAGGUCCCCGAUAACCUCAUUGCUUUGGCCUGCAACUCGAUCGAAGCGGCGUUGAGCGAGAUAGCGUUCGGGAACCCAGUAGCGUUCACGAACAAGCAAUUCGCACCGAAGUGGGACGAUCUCAUGUCCAUACUCGAAGCUACGAAGAAGAACGCGCCGGACUACUACGCCGACAUGAAGAAGCAGUUGUGGAUUCGUAUCAGCUCCCGAGUUGAGGGCGACGAUGAGGAAGAUUCCGACAAGGACGACGGGGAGGAGUUCGUGAAGUGGACGAAGCUUCAAGACAUGGUGCUCGACGCACCCGCCCAGUCAACAUCGAAUCCAGGUGGGGUGGCAUCCAGUACCGCGGCGAAGCCCUCAUCUAGCAGCAAGCCUACUACGUCGUCGAGUACUGCUCCGAAGCCCUCGUCUAGCGGCAAACCCUCGUCGUCAAAAGGGAGAAAAGAGCCUACGAAUGCCGACGCGCCAACAUUGUCCUCGAGCAAGAGGGCCGGCGACGCUGAGGAAGAAGUCGACGCGGACGAACGUGAGGGUGACGAACCCAUUCACAACGCAGACACCGUCCCCGCCUGA